CGGAGGCUGCAGGCUACGACGCCGCCCGCCCUGUGUCGCGUUUUCAACCUGUCAUAACACUUCUACAUCCACUCAUUGUUUUUAUUCUUAUAGUAUUUUUAAAUGUAAAAACAAAAUUGAAUCACAAGUAUAAUAUGAAUAAGUGAUGUGCAAAAAGUUGUUGUUAGCGAUUUAUGCUGUAAGACCGGAUGAAAUUAAUAUCCUUUUAGAUGAGAUGCAGUCCACCGUUUACCGUUGAACCAGUGCCAAACAAACCUAGGACAUUAAAAAUGCUGUAAUCACAAUACGCGCUUUAAAUAACCAGAUAUGAUUUAUACGAUGAACGUUGUACCAAUUUUGGUAUUAUAUUUUUCGGUUACUGUUACAUGUUUUGGUGAUAUAAAAGUUAAUUUGACGAACGAAAUCAAUGUAGUGCCUACAUCACUAACUCCGACCACUUUGUUAGCCACCGAGCUCACCCAGUCUACUAAGGCUAGCGUAAAGCUAUUAGAGACUACAGAGCCACUCAGUCUAGCUGCUCUGACAACAAAAGAAAGCGCUAAAACAACGAACGAAAACGUUACUACAGAGAGCCCGACCACGAUUCGCAAAGUAACAACUCAAGUGUACGAUAGCACAAAAGGCUCGCUGAAAAGUGCAAGAAGGCAAAAGUUAAACACUACAUCUAGUGCACUUGGGAGUGCAGUACAUUCUUCAACGCGGCUACAAGAUCGCCUAGGGGCUUUAGACUGUGAUCUACCCGUAUUGCCAAGAGAGUCGCGUUUGUGGCGAGGCAAUGAGACACACGAGCUUAAUUUACCGGUCACCAUGUCGGAGGAAUGUAUGAGCGGUCGCGGUGAACGCGAAGAGGAUUGUUCUCCAGUUAUCGUGUCAUGGGAGGGAUCUGCUGACAUUCAAAGUGGUGAUAUCCUUAUCGUCCGCAUCGCAUACUUUACUCCAGUUGAUACUUCAGUUCACAUCGAUGGUGCAAAUGAAACAACUGACACGAACUCUUCACAUAAAGAGGAUAGAUCACAUCAUGCUAUACUCCAACCUGCAGUGUAUCAAGUAACGAGGCAAGGUCAUGAACACUGCGAUGUGUCUGACGGAAUGUUACUUGACAUUACACCUCUCGACGAAAAGGCUGCGAAAAUUUUUACACUUUACGAUAAGGACCUCACAGAAGGCGUUAACUUGUUAAUAGUUGUAUCCGAGAACUGGGGAUCCCAUUGCGUCCGGUUAAAGGUAACCGUAAAAUCGGAUAACUGCGGUGAAUCUCAAGACUGUUCUGGAAAAGGAGUUUGCUAUACUAAUGUUUCUAUGGAAGGUUACGAGUGCCAGUGUUGCCUAGGAUACGUUGGGCCGCACUGUGAAGACAGGGAUGUGUGCUAUCCGUCACCGUGUUUGAAUAAUGGCAUAUGUGUCGACCUCACGCAACCUCUAAAUGGCGCAAACUAUCAUUGCUUAUGUCCAUAUGGAUUUACUGGAAGAAAAUGCGAAAAAGAUCCAUGCUAUUCAGGACCUUGUAUCAAUGGAGGAUCAUGUAUGAGUAUGGCAAUGAAUGGAUCCACAACUUUUCACUGCGCCUGCACUGAACAGUGGACGGGAUCUAAUUGCGAACUUCCCGUUACCGGAGGCGCAUGCGCAUCUAAUCCGUGCAAUAAGGGUAUUUGCGUGGAACAAGUUGAUAAUGAAAUAAAAGAACAGAAAUAUCGCUGCUUUUGUAAGCCAGGAUAUACGGGCGACCAAUGUGAGUUGGAAUACAAUGAAUGUGAAUCGUCACCUUGUGUGAACGGCGGCACGUGCACCGACCGCGUCGGCGCAUUUGAAUGUUCAUGUGGACGCGGCUACACAGGCGACACUUGCCAAUUGAAGGUUGAUCUUUGUUCUCCUAACCCCUGUCCUCCACAACGAUAUUGCACGGACCAUGGAAAUAGUUACUCUUGCGAAUGUCCCAGUGGCUUUGUUGGAGAGGAAUGCCACAUACCAGCUACAUCGGCUUGCGAUAACAAUCCUUGUGCUCAUGGCGGUACGUGUUGGAGUGGCGUGGACUCAUUUUACUGUUCCUGCAGGCCGGGAUAUACAGGGAGACUUUGUGAAGAGGACUUCAUUCUAGAAUCAGUUGUGGAUGGUGAGAGUGAGUUAGGCACGGAGUCCCGUGGUGGCGGUGGCUCCGUUCGUGAGUUGCACUUGCCGCUCGGUCUCUACCACGACCGUCUGCACAACGUCUACAUUGCGGCGGGAACCCUCGGCGCGGCUAUUGCUAUUGUCGGUGUUGUGGUGACAGCGUGUCACUGUCGAGUCAACAAGACAUACUCACGUCUGCUGUCCCGCUUGUCCCGCGUGUCGGAACCGGGCCCGCCGCACCACUGGCUGCAGGACAAACGCGCCCCCGCCGCGCCCUUUCAUCCGCCCGCUGCGCUGGACACCACCGAUAUGUACUACACCCUCGACUUCAGCGAUAGCCAGAGCUCCCCACUCAUACAAUAGCCAUCACUUGCGAACUGUUCCGAUGGGGAACGGUUCAAAAUACAAAUAUAACUUUCUAACAGUCGGAGAGUUCGAUUAGACGUACCGACAUGGAGCAAUAAACCUAUGAAACGAUCAUUAGAUCGUUUGUAAUAUUUUAAAGUCUAAAAUGCAUUCGAGCCACUAGAGAGGCUUCACUCAAUGUGCAAAAUUAUAAUUCCGAAAAAUAUACAGAAGUGAAAUAUUUUUAAGUGCUAUAUGUGGUAGUGCUGAUACGCAGGUAUUUUAUAUGAAUAUCUAAACGAACAUUUAAAUGAAUCGACGGUAAAGCUAUUAUUUUAGUCUGUGAUUAUAGUAAUCAUGCUACAUGAAAACUCAAUAAAUUGUUGCUUGAAUCGCUUCUAGUACGAUGUAGCGAAGCCAUUAAUGGGCCCCGAGAGUGGAGCUUGAAUAUAUAAGAAUAGAACUUUCUAACUUUGAUGUAAUUUUAGAAAAUUUAUAAAAUUAAUUUUAUUUACGUUAAAAUUGAAAGUUCUAUUUAAUACGUGUCGUGUUCGAUUAAGUGUUUUAUGUGUAUUUUUAAUGUGUGUUAACUAACUUAAGAAUCGGAAUAUUUUUAACUACAGGUUUCAUAUGAUAUUAAUUUUAGUAAUAGAACUGCUUAUCAGAUUAAAAUCAAAAGUCGAUAGAAAGUAAGGAGUGCUAAGUUUGUUAGUUUAUUCUAUUGACUGUGAUAGAAAAGUGGAAUAUAAUUGAUAAGUAUUUCGUGAAAUACCUGUUGUAGUUGUAUUUUUUUUAAUAUUCAUUAUUGUUAAUGGACAAUUGAAGUGCCUGCAUAGUACUGAAAUAUUUAGGCUUUUCGCGCCUGAAUAUAGUAUGUGUUUAUAUACGUAGUCGGUAGUACAGAUGUGUCUGUACAUCCUAAUAACUGUCCACUAAGAACGCACAAAGUAUGUAUUAUUACAUCUUUGUAUAAUAGGAAAUGUAUUCAAGAUUGAUAGUUUUUAUAUUUUCUGUGUAAACAUUAAUUCAUCUAUGAAAAUGAAUUCUUAGUGGAUAGUAAGCGAAACGAAAUGACUGACCUUCAGCAUAGUUGCUUUUACUGAACUUAUCUUUAAAUCUUGUUCAAAUUUUCUUCUUAGUCUAGAUUAUAGGAGAUUCUACUUUUUUCUUUAUUCAGUCAUAGAUUAAAAGAAUACAUCGGAAUUUCUCAAAUAUAUUUCAUCUUUAUGCUUUUGUGGACUAAAGCUUUUUAAUGUAAAUUUGCGAUAAUUGUUGUUGUAAAUCGUAAUUAAUAAAGUUUAUUAAAUGAAAA